AUGGGAUCAAUCAAACAACAACUAAUAUCAGUUCAUUUACUCACAUCAGCUGUCUUGUGGAGAGUCUUCUUGGAGCACAAGUAUAGCAUGAUACUUUCCUUUCUCUGCACUGAUUUUCUUACUUGGAAAGUGCUGGGGAAUGCAAAUAAUGGUCAGAGCUAUGCAUGGCUGCUUUGCCUUGACAUUGCAGUUGAACUUGCUCAAUUAGACUGCAGGAGUCUGACAAAGCACUAUAAAACACAUGCAGGUGAUAACACUGUGACAUGUAGAACAUGCCAUGCAACAUUUCCAUCAGUGGCAGGCCUGCUGAACCACCGCAAGACACAUGCACCUCCUGGCUCCUCUUCAGAUUGGGAAAUGAGUCCUGUUGCUACCAGUUCUGUUACUAGCACUGCUCCAGUUUCAAAUUUUGCUGGAGGGGUGCCUCUCCUAACGGCUACACCAGUUUCUUCCCCUUCCACAACCAACUUAAAUAGCAGUGGCUCAGAGAGUUUCCGCUGUCCAAGGUGUGACAAGCUUUUGUCUUCAAAAUUGUCUCUGGCUCUACACACCCGUGUUCACACAGGAGAAAAGCCUUUUGAAUGUGGAGUGUGCCACAAACGUUUUACUCAGAAACCAGCACUUACUUAUCAUAUGCGACUACACACUGGUGAACGUCCUCAUAUUUGUCGCUUUUGUGGAAAAGGAUUCAACUCAAAGGUCGGCAAAGAAUCUCAUGAAAGGAUUCAUACUGGUGAGCGACCUUACAGAUGUGGCCAAUGUGGAGUUGGCUUUCGUUGCUCAGCUAAUUUACGCCAACACACCUGGAUCCACACAGACUCAAGGCCUUUCACAUGCAACAUAUGUCACAAACCAUUCCGUCGUCGGGAAGCUCUUCAGGUUCAUACACGUACACAUACUGGGGAGCGACCAUACCAGUGUCCUCGCUGUGGACGACGAUUUACACAAAAGGGCGAUAUGCUUAAGCAUGCGAGAUCCCAUGAUCGCCCAGGGGGAGGACGUGCACCAGCUGCUCCUGCUGCAACAUGUGGCACAUGUGGGCAGACUUUUGCUCAGAGGAAGCAUCUCAAAGCACAUCGUUGCCUUCUUGCCACAAAACCCACUGAUUCACCUGCAGAUAUCAUUGCCAUUGAUACUGAUGAUAUUAUCACAUUUCCAGAAAUAACAGUCGUUACUAAUGACACUCAAGACUUUGAUGUGGGGUAUGUGUCAUGACCUCCAUUGACAGUACUCCUUAUGAUGUGAAAAGUGCAUAAUUCCUGGUGAUUCCACCAAAGGGGUCUGUGUAUACUCCUCUAACGGAAAUAUGUAGGAAAUACUACUUCCCACCAUUAAUUGUGGCCUUGUGAAAAGCAGUGAAAAUUACUAUAAUUUUUAAUGUUGUUGAAUAAUUCUUAUUAAGCGCCAUGAAAUUAUACAAAAGACUUAUGUAAUGCACUGCAACAUUGUGACUUAAAGGAUGU